GAACGUCGCGUCAAAAUUUAGUGUUCCAUUUUGAAAGUAAGAGAGGAACUUUAUGAUGAAUUUCUAUGGUUUGAUUUUAUUGCGAAAUCAGCAAAUAAAUUUCAAUUUCAGUCCUCGCUGUAAUGUUUGUGAUGAUAUAUGAUGAUUUGUUAAAGUCACACAGCCGGUGUCCUUUAAACAUCACAAUUUAGUUAUUAAAAACAAAAGCCUAGCACUAAUAAUGUAGUUUAAGUAAGGUAACAAAGAGGGUGAGUGGUAAAUUCGUUUGUCUUAACAUUUUUCACAAUUUUAUCAAGUCGUUAUGAAUUAUGACACUUCAUCAAAAAGACUUUGUUUAUAUUUGUUGGAAAGCUUUUCAUUCUUUUGGGAGAGCCUAAUGUAAUUGAUCUGUAGUGAAUAACUGAGUUAAAGGUAAAGAAAAUUUACAUUUGAAUGAUAUUAACCUUUUUAUUCUAAAAAUGUUUAUUAGAGGCAUUUAAAAGUUACUGAGCAUUGUCAUGUGAAUCUUUUUUAUUCAAUUUUAAAGAAUAUGACUGAAACAUCCAAAACAUAAUUGUUUAUGUGUGUACAAAAUUUCAUUGAUUUACAUUUUUAACCACCCUCGUAUAACUGCGGUUUGUCUCUGAAUACCAGAAACUAUCGGUCUCUUAAUAAAUUACUACUGUUUACGCCGUAAACAAUACAUUAACUAGUUUGUCUCCACUAAAAUGAACGAAGGGAUAGUCUCAUAAUGUAAGCAAAAUAAGGCGGGAAAAUUCGUUCAGUGAUUCUUGGAUAACGAAAACUUGAGAAAUGCCUUUUUGGCCAAAAUGAAAUUAAAUUGCCAUUUCAGAAUAACAUUUUAACAUACAUUCAAAAUAUUGAGUGGAUAAUUUGCUGCCGUGUUUAUUCAGUACAUGCCAAAACAAUGAUAAAUUAAAAACACAUAAUCAAUUGAAUAAUGUAAGGUUUUUCAGCGAAAUGAUAAAAAUAUAACAAUCAACAAAGGCAUCAGGAAUGAGUUUGUUAAUCAGAUAUUGAUUUUAUUUAGAGUUUAAUUAGAGCUCUAUUAUAAAACUUAAAAGGUAAAUAUUUAUGAGAUUUGCGUACAUAUUUUGAUAGAAUAACGAAAACCUUUAAUUGGCCAAUCUUUAUUUUUGAAAUAUAAGUGUAUCGCUUUAGUAGCAUCAUAAUUCUAAAAUUAAAUCAAUUAAAUAUAAGCUAUAUUUUGCUUCGGAGAGAUGAAGCGAAGCAAAACAUUAUUACGCCUUAAAGUAUUUUAUUUAACAAAGUAGUAUAGAAGAAUAUUAUAUCUUGCAUGAAAUAAUCUUUUGUUCAACACGGUAGCAAACCAAUUGUCUACAAUAAUUAUAUACUUACACACCUUUUGUAAUCCAAUCUUCAAUAAUUCAGAACAUAUUCAUUGGCUGUCUUAUAUUUGUCUUGUUUUUUUAAUGUCUUUGACAAAGUUUACGAAACCAAAUACUUCUGUUUUGGAUAUCAUUAUCUAAUGAAUAAAGUUAAUUAAGUGAUAAAUAUGGGUUGUGGAAAUUCUAAGCCGGAAACUAUUCAUGAUCCUGUUGUGAAACCCAACAGCCAAAUAGAUACAAAUAAAACUUCAAACAAGAAUCAAAACAGCGCGAAAGAGAAAAACGAUUACCAAUUAAUAGAUCAGCAUGCAAGAAAGGCACCAAGCCGUUUGAAGAAUUCUGCAGAAGAACUCGUAGCAUAUCUGUCAUCAGUUUCAAAAGAUCCAAGAAUGCUGGCACGAGGGUUUUUUGUUUGGAGCUCCGAAAACAUAAAAUAUGAUGUUGAUGGUUUUUUCGGAAGAGCGGAGUCAGCUCCAAAUGAUGCGGAAUCAGUGAUGAAAAACGGCAAAAGUGUGUGCGAAGGCUAUGCCUGUGUAUUUGAAUUGUUAUGCAGCAAAGCUGGAAUUCCUGUAAAGAAACUAUCUGGAUUUGCCAAAGGCUAUGGCUAUUCACCAUCAAAACAACUGACUUUAAACACGGAAACAGAUCAUGCCUGGAAUGCCGUCCAACUUGAAGGAAAAUGGUACCUUUUAGACAGUACAUGGGGUUCAGGUCACCUUGAUAGUGAAACAAAUGACUAUGAAAAGAAGUUUGAUGACUUCUACUUCCUUACUGAUCCAAAGCAAUUUGUUUCUGCUCAUUUUCCAUACAUGGAUGAUAAUUUACAAGAAAGUCAGAAAUGGCAAUUGUUAUCUAAACCUUUAAGUCUGGAAGAGUUUAAUAAAAACCUAGAAUAUAGUCCAGAGGCUUUCAAAAUAGGAGUGCAGGCGGUAAGUCAUACAAUAGCAUAUUUUGAAAUGAAAAAUGAAUUACAAAUGACUUUCAAAAGCCAUGAAAAAGAAGAUAUCAAUUUCAGUUCCAGAUUAAUGUAUAAAGAAGGUAACUGGUUAACAGAACAAAGAAAUGCAACAUUUGGCUAUCAAGAAAAUGAUGUUUAUAAGAUAUUAGUUCAUCCACAAAAGCCGGGUAUGUACCAGCUAAGCAUAUUUGGUAAACUUGCGUCGAAUGAUAGGAAUGAAAACAUACCACAUGUAUUGGAAUACAGUUUCAAAUGUACUGAAGUUACAGACAAAAUCCAUGAAUACCCACUUGAAUAUAAAGCAGCGUCUGUUGAAAAAUGCAUUUUGCAUGAGCCUCGCAGGGGUAACCUCCCUUCUAAAACUAAAAUUCAGUUUCGUAUCUCAGCACCCUAUCUGCAAGUCAUUCGGGUAAUGGAUACGUUACUUUUGAAGCAAGGCACUACCUUUACAGGCAAAGUUACAACACCAGAAAAAGGAUAUGAUGUAACCAUGUACGGUACAAGGGGAGAUGAAUACAGCAGGACGGAGGGCUUGUACAAUUUCCAUACAGUGUAACUUCAACAUUACAUAACAUUUCUAAGAUACAAAACAUUUUAAUGUGGGGAAUGACUUUCUUUGCUAUCACAGAAAAUCUGAAUUUCUGUGUGUUUAUGAGACGUUCUAAAACCUAAAAAAAUCCUGUUUUUUUUUUCGUUGGAUUUAAAGCAAUAUGUGUUUGUUAUACAUGUAGUUUAAUGCUUAUCAAUAAGUAUUCAGAAGUAUUGUUUACAGUCAAAUAUUAUCACUCACUUCGUUGUCAGUAACAUUGGUGCAAUCGUUCAGUUCAUAUGCAUCAUGCCAUAAUUUGCGUUAAAUGAUGCAUGUUAAAAUGCGACCGUUUAAUGAUCUACAUCUAGUAAAAUUCUGAAGAUCAGUUGAAAUUUUUAUAAGCUUAACACAAGAAGAAAAACGUUGUAUACUUAUGAGAAUAAAUAACGACGCUAAUAAAACAUAUUCAUUAUCAUAUAUCUCGCAUAAACCUGGUGUAUUUUAAUACUGUUUCCAUAGAUACUAUAUAUAUUUGUAUACUUAUGUUUCAAAGCUACAUUUUCCAUGUCAUUUCAUCAUUUUGCUUAUAUCUUUUUCAUUUUUUUGUUUGCAAUUAUUCAACUUUGUUACACAAAUAUAUAAUUUAGACAUAGGAAAUUGACUCAUUCAUGAAAUGUUUUAAUAUAUUACUCCCUGUAGCCCGUGUUUAGUUCAAUGCAAUAUUAGACAUAAUGCACCUAAGAAAGUAACGUUUGAUUAGGCAUAGAUUCCAGUGAUCCCUGAAAGUAUUUAUUAUAGCUUCCGAGAAGAAUAUUACAUGUAUUAAAGAUAACAUUUCUAAAGUAUAUAUUUUAGCUACUAUGACCUACUUAUGCAUUUGACCGAAACCAUUUACAUAUUUUUUAUAGAUGAUUGUUCCUCAUUCUUGUGUAGUUUGAUCAAAAUUCAUUAAGUGGUUUAGGAGGACAUAUUUUUUAAAAGAAAUUGUGGAUAGUGAUGGACAUACACUGUCAUUACUUUUGCUAACCUGUAAGGACAAAGUGCUCAGUUGAACUAAAACCAUCACAAUUUGUCAGGUAGAUAGACUUUCAAUGAUCACCUUAAAGCUGCAUGCCUCCAGAUGAGCCAAAAUAUUUCAAGAAAAUUAAACUUGAGAAAAACGUACUAAGAUUUUAAGAAAAGUGAACAGAUUAAAGAUUUAACUGUUAAUUUAUAUCUUAUGUGCAAUUAAUGAUUUUUUUUUUGCAUUAUUUAUCACUAUAUUUUUACUGUGUUACUAAUGCAGUAGAUACUAUUUUUGCUUAUUUUUACUUCUUUAUGGUAAUUUACUCUGAUUGUAAGUGCCGAUUGCAAUGUGUUUAUAACUUUCUUUGUUCACUUCAUAAUAUUUUACUUCGAAAAACAUUUUCAAAAUUUGCAUGAAAAUUAGCAUUAACAUGGAGGCGUGCUGCUUUAAAUUAUGCAAAGCCGCAAUCUGAAUCACUUAUAAAUUAUAAUAUGUUAUGAAGAUUGAAAUAACUUUCACAUUUAAUAUAUUCUCCCUCACUAGUUCAUGUGACUGUUUAUAUAACUAGUUAUCUUAUCUCAUGUUUUGUAUGGUGAUAUUGUAAAUAUGCAAAACUGUGAUGUAUCUAUGUAAGUAUAUUAAGGGGAUGCAAAUGCACCCAAAAUGAUCUUGCUAACAACUAUUGCUCAAUGACAUUUUAACAAAUAUUUAUAAUAUGGUAUUUAAACUUAUUCAUCAUGUAUAUUUAAAGUAUGUUCAAAAUAUGACACUAAGUGAGUUUCAUUAUCAAUUCUCACUAAAAAAAUCAAUGCUCAAAUUUUACUUUGUCUUGGUUAAUAUAAAUU